ACCCAGACACCCCGGGUAAUAGAUGAAUAUUUAGAUAAAGGUUACCACGUCCUCCGACAUCAGAGCUCUAACCCAAAUAAAUAAACAUCUUCAUGCAGGGCCCCAGAAGGGGAAGGAGGACUCUGCCCCAGACACAAGGGGCACUGAGAGACAGGAGGGACUCAUGGGCGUGUUCCCAGGAAGUGGAGGUGGAUGUUGACAUAGGAAAAUAGAGAAGUCCAUGAAGGCUGUGACAGAAAGAAAGCCCACACUCUGGGACCAGGAGAGGGUUUACGUUUCCUUCUCUAUUUCGCUAUAUUUCUCCUCUGUGUGCAUCACCACGGUGACCUUGACCUGAGCCAUGCAGAAAUGUCACAGCUGUGUUUGCACUGACAUGAGGCUGCAGAGGAGCCGGAACCCACACCCCCUGCAGCAUCUCUGGGGCCUGGGGACCCCGUGGGAGGUCUGAGUGUGGAACCCAGGACCCAAGCGCAGGCAGGGACCCUCCCCAAACCCUCCAUCUGGGCUGAGCCAGGCUCUGUGGUCCCCCGAGGUAGUGCUGUGACCAUUUGGUGUCAGGGAAUCCUGGAGGCCCAAGUGUUCUUUCUGGAUAAAGAGGAACACUCAGGGUUCUGGGAUGUUCAUUUCCCAAAGAAGCCUGGGAACACGGCCAAGUUCUCCAUCACACACAUGACAGAUAGACCUGCAGGACGGUAUCACUGUUCCUAUCGGAGCCCCGCUGGCUUGUCAGAGCGCAGUGACCCCCUGGAGCUGGUGGUGACAGGAUUCCAUGGCAAACCCCGUCUCUCAGCCCUGCCCAGCCCUGUCGUGACCUCAGGAGGGAAGGUGACCCUCCAGUGUGCCUCAUGGGAGAAAUUUGACAGGUUUGUCCUGUGGAAGGAAGGAGAACCCAGGCCCUCGUCGACCCUCGACUCCCAGCGACCCACUAGUGGGCAGUUCCAGGCCCUGUUUCCUGUGGGCCCCGUGACCCCCAACGUCAGGUGGACAUUCAGAUGCUAUGGCUAUUUCAGCAAAACCCCCCAGAUGUGGUCCUACCCCAGUAAGCCCCUGGAGCUCCUGGUCUCAGGAACUUCUGGGGGCCCCAGCCCCCCACCCACAGGACCUGGCUCCACAGAGAGUCUUGAAAAGUACCCGAAAAUUGCGAUCGGGGCCUCUGUGACCUUAAUCUUGCUGCUUGCCCUCCUCAUCCUCCUCCUCCUUCUCCGAUUCCGGCGCCAGAAAAAAUGCUGCAAGACAGGUGCUCUACAUCCUGAGGCUGAGACCAGAGCCCUGCAGAAAAGCUCCGACUCCAUGGCUCCUGUCCAGGAGGAGAAGCAGGAUGCUGAGGUGAGAGAGUCCCAACCUGAGGAAGACAGACAGAUGGACAGUCGGGCUGCGGCAUCUGAAGACCCCCAGGAUGUGACCUAUGCCCAGCUGAACAGCCUGAAUCUUGAACAGGAGACAAGUGCACCCCCUUCCUCACGGGCAGGGGAGCUGCCCGCAGAGCCCAUCAUGUAUGCCACUCUGGCCAGGAAGGACGCACACCCCACACUCCAGGGAGGGGACUGCAGGAACCCCAGGAUGCAGUGAGGCUGCCCCCAACGACACUCAGCUAAUACCCCCUGCGCCUGGGGACCUCUCAUAUGGGAGCAGGAUAUCCUGGAGCUUCAGAAGUCAUCUAAUUCGCCAGAUGAAGAGAAAUAUCAGCUCCGUAUUUUUAGAAAGAAAAGAAAACCCUUCUAAAUAACCAGUGGACAAGAGAAGCCAGCCACAGAUGAAGACAGGACUUCUUUUUUUUUUUUUUUUUUUUACUCCCAUGACAAUGCAAAAAUUCUACAUCAAAGCAUAGUUUUACCUAAAUGGUAAUGUAAAUGCCGUAUGCCAAGACGAAAUGGGGAAAGUCAGUGCCUGAAUGCAAUUAGUGCCAAGAGAAGAGAGCCUGAAAGUCAACAACGCAGGCAAUGUUCUAUGGGAGCUCGAGAAAGGACAGCAAAUUCAUCCCAUGGCAGUGGGUGAAAAUCAGAAGACCUUACGCUGAUCACAAAGAAUAAAAAAGAGAACAAUCAA